UGUCACAGUUUGGUGGAUUCAAUCUAUUUUCCUUUUAAGUGGUAAAGCGCGACCCAAUAACCGGUCUUGGGGAGCUUCCCAAGGAACAUUGCGAUUUUGGUCGCCCGAAAUCAGCGAACACCUCCCGCAAGAGUGAGUUCUACUAACGACAGGAGCCUGCAUGAGAUUGCCAUAGCCCAGUUAGCCGGAAGUCAAAGUUUAUUAGGUGUUCGACCGGUCUGUUUUCUUGUCUAUUUCGCAGCGUGCUUUUGGCAUUGUGAAGUCGUGGCUGCAGUUGUUUUGCGAAGGCCACAUGCAUACCCUGGCUUCCUAACCCUGGUCUUUUGUUAUGCACGCAGUAUUUGGAUGCAUUCGAAGUUCUGACACGAGCUCUAAACGUCCUUGCUUCCCCUACUUCCUCGUUGUAGAAUUUAACAACGUACUGCUGAGCUGGGAUGCGGACACGGCAAAGCCUCUGCCAACGGAGAAAACCAGUGGAAAGGAGGCGAAAAAAGCUAGUGAGAGAGUCGUUUUUUAUCAAAUGUCUGACUUUCAUUCCAAGAGCCUUGAAGAUCAGUAA